AUGCGGUUAGAGCGCGCGCACACGCGCACGCACAUUGCCGACAACAUCGUAUGUGCAAAUAUAGGUGUGUCCAGACUAAACUACUUCCUCUAACAUUGGCAAUGGCGAGAGACGCUGCGCAACAUUUCACACUUCCCGACACUUCUUCUCUAUAUCGCUAACGAUUGGGAUUUUCUAAUGUCUUUCUCUGCUGUGUGGGAAAACGGAAGGUAUCGUAACCAAAAAAAAAGAAAAGAAAAGAAAAAAAGACGAAAAAAGAAAUGAACAAUUCUAUCUGUCUCUCUCUCCAUGCAGAAAUCCAUCCGUUCUCUCCUCCCAACCGGUCGCAUUUCGUUUUUCCAUCCCCUGGACGAUUCAAAGCGCGCGCGCGCGCGCGUUUGAAUUGAUCUCGCGCGGGUGUCGCUCCCGCUCUUGCGCCGUCGAUCUUUCCCGCGCUCUCGUCUUUGCUGUUGCCGCUAUUUUUCGGGAUUCUGUUUUCUGCAUUUUUCCGCGUUACUGGACUCUUCGUUUUUGUAUGGCGUUGUCGGAAAGAAAAUGUCAAAAUAAUUAAACGAUACACGUUCACCGGUAAGUAACGCGUGAUAAAUACGUUCAGGUAAGAUGCAAGGUUUGCGUUGUCCUAAUGGGAUAUUGUAUAACGCGAAGGAAAAGUAUUAAAAUAUAUCUGAUUGAUUCGAACGAUUUGAAAGGUAUCGAGACGAGGUAGUAACUUUCCGAUUUGUAAAUAAAGCAAAUGUGGUGAAGAAACAACAAUUGUGUUGUCUUUUUUAUUAAAAACGUAUCGUUUUAGUUGGGCUUUGUAGGACGUAUCCCUUCAAUAAUUGUAUGCCGAUAGCGUUGGAAAAAUCUUGCCUCUUAAGUUUUACCGUCUCAAGGACUCGAUUCGAAUAACACGAGUAAUUUAUUCCAGUUGGAAUUUUUCCUCGCUAGUUUCGUAAUUCUAUUGCGGCGUAGACGAGAAAUCGAAGAGUCAUGCACAGCGUCGUAUGUGUGUGUUUCAUAAGUUAUAUUUGGCUUCAGAGAUCUUGAGCCUGUUGGGGAUCAACUGUAAAUCAAAUUCGAUGGGAAUGUUACGUGUGUUAGAGGCACGCGUUUGGAAUAAAAAAAAAUGCAAAAUUUAUUAAAGUGUAGAUAUUCUGUACUGCGAGAUUCUGGCAAGAUUCCACACGUAUUACCAUGUACAUUGUAAUACUGUUUGUUGUGUUGUAUUUAGAGAUAACUGUAGCGAUAAGAUUCUGAUGUAAAAUGCUACUGAAAAUCCACGUGAUGUCAUUUGACCCUGCGUCGUGAAGGAAGGAAUCACUGUGAAAUGUAUCAGUGGUGCAUCGUCGCCAUUCAUGAACAGUACCUGUGAAACUCUUCGAUUUGUCGUAGACGAGGAACUUGUACAAUGGCGCAGGACUUACGAGAGGGUCUCCUAUUGGGCAUGGGCAAUCCCCUUCUCGACAUUUCAGCAACUGUAGGUAGUGAUUUUUUAAAAAAAUACCACUUGGAAUCAAACGGUGCUAUCCUUGCCGAAGAACAACACAAACCCAUGUAUGACGAAUUAAUAGAAAAAUACAAAGCAGACUUUAUUGCUGGUGGUUCUGUUCAGAAUACUAUGAGAGUAGCACAAUGGUUCUUGGAGAAACCAAAAAUUGCAACUUACAUGGGUUGUGUGGGAACAGACAAGUAUUCAAAAAUUUUAGAAGAUAGAGCACGAGCAGAUGGCUUGAAUGUGCGCUAUCAAUAUACCAAUAAAGAACCCACUGGUACCUGUGCAGUUCUCAUCACUGGAAACGAAAGAUCUUUAUGUGCCAAUUUAGCUGCUGCCAAUUGCUUUUCACCUUUACACAUAGAAGAAUUAGAAAAUAAAAAACUUAUAGAUGCUGCUGAAUAUAUUUAUGUUUCUGGUUUCUUCUUAACUGUGAGCCCAGAAACUAUUCAAACGGUAGCUCGUCAUGCUUAUGAGAACAAUAAAAUGUUUAUGAUGAAUCUCAGCGCUCCAUUUCUGUGUGAAUUUUAUAAGAAACCCAUGUUGGAUGCUCUUCCAUAUGUCGAUAUUUUAUUUGGUAACGAGACUGAAGCUGAUACCUUUGCAAAAGUUAAUGAUUUCCAGACUACGGAUAGGAAAGAAAUAGCAUUAAAAAUAACCCAAAUGGAAAAAAUAAAUAAAAAAAGGCAAAGAAUUGUGGUGAUAACGCAAGGUGCUGAUAAAGUGUUGGUAGCUAAAGACAAUAGUAUAAUAGAGUUUCCUGCUACUAAACUUCCACCAGAAAAAGUUGUUGAUACUAAUGGAGCAGGAGAUGCUUUUGUAGGAGGUUUCUUAGCUCAACUUGUACAAGGUAAAAACAUAGAUAUUUGCGUAAAAUGCGGUGUUUGGGCUGCGACUGAAAUCGUACAAAGAUCCGGAUGUACUUAUGAAGGGAAACCCAAUUUUAUUCCCUGCUAAUUGUUAAGCAGUUAGUAAUUGUGAAUUCUGUACUUAAUAA